AUGACGGCUCCCCUCUCGCAGCAGACCGUCUCAGUUAAAGAUGCGGCCGCAGUUCGCAAGCGCAGAAGACGCACCCCUGCCGGAGGAGCGGCAGAUGACUGCUUCACUUGUUCGAAACGAAAUGUCAAGUGUGAUCGCCGGCGGCCUUACUGCUCACAAUGUCUUGAGAUUGGCAACGAAUGCUCAGGCUACAAGACGCAACUGACCUGGGGGGUCGGCGUUGCCAGCAGAGGGAAGCUUCGUGGGCUCUCGCUUCCCAUCGCCAAGGCGCCUCCGGUAUCCCGUGAGCCCAAGAAGUCCCCCGUUGUCGCCCGAGGCCGUGCCAAUUCCACCGCCGCCGUCAUGGCUGCCCACUGGGUAGAGCAGGAAGAGCUUCAGAGACAUCGAGGCCCCAUCGACAUCCCGUCAGUAUCCCACCCCAUCUCUACUCCGCCAAGCUCAUAUCCCGGCCCCGGAUACGGCUAUCUCUCCAUGUCGCAGCCCGAGCAGCACAGCUGGGGCGGCGCCGCCAUGCAUUACUCGUCCGGCUUCGUCCACUCUCCAGACGCCAUCCCCAGAUACUCCAAGUUUCCACUGCCUCUCAUCACCGACGGCCUCUCGUCGUCGCUCGACUCCGUGAGCGACGUCGACUAUCUUUCGCCCCUCAGCCAGACGUACUCGCGGGAUGACAUGUCCUUUGGCAGAGCAUCAAGCGUCAUGUACGAUGGAUACUCUGGAAGCCAACCCUCGCCAAUCGCGCAGAGCCCUCCCUCCGGACUCGUGCUGGACCACGCCCGUGUACCGACGACGUCGUGUCCCGGCUUGAUGUACGCGACAUCGGAACAGAGCUCGAGUCUUGCCGCCCACAUGGAUCCAUUCGAUACACAUCACCUGAGCCACAAGCUGAUGCGCGAGUGUGACAGCCUGAGUGUUCCUCCGCAAGUCGACGUCUUCGAAGCAAGCUGCAGCCCCACCGACCACGGCUGGGCUUCGUCUCACCCGCGCGAAGAUGAGCUGCCGUCGCCGCGAUCCGAGCACGCGUCGACGAGAUGGCCGGGCGGCCUUCGAGAGCCGGAAUCUGCGCGAGUAAGCCAAGACCUCGUCGCCAGGAUGCCCUUUUUCAUGGACUACUAUGAAAACACGAUUGCGCCGUCCAUGGUGUACAUUGACGGGCCGCACAACCCGUUCCGCGGCCACAUGCUCCAGCUGGCAGCGCACAGCCAAAGCCUCCAACACGCCAUCUGCGCCUUGUCCGCCUGCAACCUGAGGAUGAGGAGGAAACUCAGCCUCGGGCAGGACACUCGCGAACUGUUCGACAAGCUCAUGGCCGAGAAGAACAUGAUUGACAACCUGGGGGAUCGCCAGCCGGACGAUCCCUCGCUGGCGGAGGAGUUCCAACACCGAAACCUGGCCGUCAACCUACUCAAUGAGCAGCUCAACGACCCGGUCAAGUCUACGUAUGAUUCGGUCCUGGCCACGAUCCUGAUCCUCUGCCACUACCGGAUGGUCGAGUCGGGCGUGGCCAAGUUCCACACUCAGUUCGCUGGCGUCAAGAAGAUCCUGGCCAUGAGAACGGAGCGGUUUGGCCCGUCCAGGGACUCCGCCUGGGUGGAAGCCCUCUUUACGUACUUUGACGCCAUCUCGGCCAGCAUCAACGAUCGUGAGGCGCAGCUCGCCCCCGGCGCGGAUGGCGACUCACCCUUGCUGCCGCUUGGCGCGGAAAACCUGGUUGGCUGCGACCGGGAGCUGUUCAAGACGAUCAGCAAGCUGGGCAGACUGAACCUUCUUUCGCAGCAUCGGCCCGUCCAGAACAUGGCGUCGUCGUCGCUGUCGUCGUCGACUGCGACUCGACCUGGUGGAAACACGCCUUCGCCUCGGCUAAUGGUAGCAUCAUCUCCACUUGGGCACUCGUACAAGGGGGGGGGCGGCAGCGUCGCGGGCAUUCACAUGCAACAGCAGCAGCAGCAGCAGCAGCACAGUCACCACUCGGAGCAGCACCAUCAGCAGCCGCAGCGGCCGCAACUGGGCGACGUGUACGCCAUGCCUCCUGCCCAUCGGUUCGACGGCAAUGGAUUCGGAACCAUGCUGGAUGACGACGAGAUGCUGGCCUCGGCCAUGUGCACAUCGGCCGCGUUCGACGACAGGCGAUCGCUCUUCUGGCGCGAGUGGAAGGACGCCCGGCUGGCGCUGCAAAACUGGCACUUUGACGCGGCAGCAGUGGCGGCCUCCUUGCCGGGGUGCCCCAGCGCCUCGCAGGUUCGGGAUCUCGGGUCCCUCUCGGAGGCGUUUCGGUACGCCGGCCUCCUGUACGCCGAGCGGCUCGCGGGCCCCGGCACACCCUCGAGCCACACCAACCUGCAGAACCUGGUCAGCCAGGUGGUGUACUACGCCACCAGCCUCGAGGCCGGCAGCGCCGCCGAGAAGUUCCUGCUGUGGCCGCUGUUCGUCGCCGGGUCCGAGUGCGUCAACGAGCUGCAGCAGAACAUUGUCCGGGGCAAAUGCCGCGACAUCAUGGGGCGCUCGGGGUACAUGAACAACCUGUCGGCGCUGGACGUCCUGGAGAGGCUGUGGGCGGGCGACUUCAAGGCCCACCGGGGCGGCUGCCGCGGGCCCUUCAACUGGGCCAAGUGCUUGGGCGGUCCGGGAACGGAGGCCGAGUGGAUCAUGUUUUGA